AACACAGUCCACAGACCACAGUUGGGAGUUUAGGACAAGGUUAAUUAAUAAUUAGUAUUAAAAUGUGAUCCUUGAAUAUUGACUAUUAUUAAGUAUCUAGCCAUCUAGGUAUUAACUAAAAAGUAAUAAUUCUGUUUUAAUUCAUAUUUUAUAGUGAUUAUUGUUCAAAAUAAAUGAAAAUAAAUAAAGAUGGGAAACACAGCAAGUUUAAAGAACCAUGUUGAAACAUCCAGAAAAACGGGUGUGUUAAAUUUAUCGGAUAGUCAUCUUAAACAGUAUCCAGAUUCCAUUGAUGUUCUUCAUCCUUUUUUAAGAAAUUUGGAAUUGUCUAAAAACAAAUUAAAAGUAUUACCAAAAUCUGUUGGUCAAUUCAAAGAACUAAAGAUACUUAAUGUCAGCAACAACUCGUUAGAAAAUCUGCCUGAAGAAAUAAACUGCUUGUCGAAGAUUGAAACAUUACAGGUGAAUUGUAACUUAUUAAAGUCAUUACCUCCAAUGAAUAAUUUGAUAUUUCUAAAACGUGCCUCGUUCGGAGACAAUCAGCUCAGUGUAUUUCCAGAAUUUUUGUGCGAAUUAAAACAUCUAGAAGCAUUGGAUAUAUCUAAGAAUAACAUUACUCAAUUGCCUGAACUUAUUAAACAAUCCAGAUUGGUUGAACUAAACCUAAAUCAAAAUCAAAUUAGGAAACUGCCAUCUGGUUUAGCACAAUGCCCCAGAUUGAAGACUUUGCGCUUAGAAGAAAAUUGUCUAGAAUUGGACGAUAUUCCUAAAGAAUUAUUAACAUCGUCUAAAGUAUCGUUAUUAUGUGUUGAAGGGAAUUUAUUUGAUAUGAAAUCUUUAUUAGCGUUAGAGGAGUAUAGCACAUAUAUGACAAGAUAUACAGAAGUAAAAAAAAAAAUGUUUUAAGUUAAUUUUUUUGUUUAUUAUUGAUUUUCUAUUUGUUUAUUGUUGAGUACAUCACCUAAAUCAUUA